CCCACCCCACACCCUCCCUCUCUAUUUUCCUCAAAUCCCCCCUCCCCUCGCGUCCGAAAAGGAAAAAAAAAAUCCAUUCCUAAUUUUUCAUUCUCUCCACUCGCCGGCGGAGCGAGAGAGAUCCCAAGACGAAGACAAGGCGUCUCUUUUUCUGCGAUCGGAUCCACCGCCCGAAGGGCAUUUCUGGUGUAGAUUGUUGUUAUAUAUAGAGAGAGAAAGAGAGAGGAAGAAGAGGAAGGAGGGCGGCGGCGGCGGCCAUGGCGACGGAGGACGAGAAGUUGCUGAAGGAGGCCAAGAAGCUUCCGUGGGACGAGCGGCUCUUUCACAAGAACUGGAAGGUCCGGAACGACGCCAACAUCGACCUCGCCGCCCUCUGCGGGUCCAUCUCCGAUCCCAAGGAUCCCCGGCUCCGCGACUUUGCGCCGUUGUUUAAGAAGACGGUGGCGGAUUCGAAUGCUCCUGUACAGGAGAAGGCUCUGGAUGCCUUAAUUGCGUUCUUACAGGCCGCGGAUGCUGAUGUUGGGAGGUAUGCGAAGGAAGUAUGCGAUGCGAUUGUUGCCAAAUGCCUCACGGGUAGACCCAAGACUGUCGAGAAAUCUCAGGCGGCGUUCCUCUUAUGGGUGGAGCUGGAGGCGGCAGAUGCUUUCUUGGAAGCCAUGGAGAAAGCUAUAAAAAAUAAAGUUGCAAAAGCGGUUGUACCAGCUAUUGAUGUUAUGUUUCAAGCUCUUAGUGAAUUUGGGGCCAAGGUUGUUCCACCCAAGAAGAUUUUGAAAAUGCUUCCUGAACUUUUUGAUCACCAAGAUCAGAAUGUUCGUGCAUCUUCCAAAGGGCUGACACUUGAACUAUGUCGUUGGAUUGGAAAGGAACCAGUAAAAUCAAUCUUGUUUGAGAAAAUGCGAGAUACCAUGAAAAAAGAGCUGGAGGCAGAAGUUGCCAAUGUCACUGGGAUUGCUAAGCCAACUCGCAAGAUAAGAUGUGAGCAAGACAAAGAACCGGAGCAAGAAGUUGUUACUGAAGCUGUGGGUGCUGUUGCUUCUGAUGAAUCUUUGGUUGAUGCUCCCCAUGAAAUAGAUGAAUACGAACUUGUUGACCCUGUCGAUAUCUUGACGCCUUUGGAAAAAUCUGGAUUUUGGGAUGGAGUGAAAGCGACUAAAUGGUCUGAAAGGAGGGAUGCUGUUGCAGAGCUUACCAAGCUUGCUUCAACAAAAAGAAUUGCUCCUGGUGAUUUUACAGAGAUCUGUCGGACACUCAAGAAGCUUGUUACAGAUGUGAAUCUAGCUGUUUCGAUAGAAGCUAUUCAAGCAAUAGGGAAUCUGGCUAGAGGUCUAAGAAAUCAUUUUGCUGCAAGCUCACGCUUUCUACUGCCUCUACUACUUGAAAAGUUGAAGGAGAAAAAACCAGCUUUGAUGGAAGCUCUUACUCAUACCCUACAAGCAAUGCACAAGUCAGGGUGCUUGACUCUUGGUGAUGUUAUAGAGGAUGUUAAAGUGGCUGUGAAAAAUAAGGUUCCACUUGUGCGCUCAUUAACAUUAAACUGGGUCACAUUUUGUAUCGAGACAAGUACUAAAGCUGUUGUUCUUAAGCUGCACAAGGAUUAUGUACCUAUCUGCAUGGAGUGCUUGAGUGAUGGCACCCCGGAAGUGAGAGAUGCCUCUUUUGCUGCUUUGGCAGCUAUAGCUAAGAUGGUUGGUAUGAGACCUUUGGAAAAAUCAUUAGAAAAACUUGAUGAUGUGAGGAAAAAGAAGCUAUCAGAAAUGAUUGGAAGUACCAGUGGUGGUCCGGUUACUAGUUCCGGAUCAGCUCUGGUCUCAACUUCAAGUGGAAAUAUUUCUGGUCAUGAGGCUGCUGAUAGUUCAUUUGUGAGAAGAUCUGCAGCAAGCAUGCUUACAGGAAAGAAGCCUGCCCAAGCAGCUUCAACUACCAAGAAAAAUGGCUCAGUCAAAUCAGGUGCUGUGAAAAAGGCUGAUGGAGCUGGACAGUCAAAGGCUUUAGGAUCAGUUGAGACUGAAGAUGUUGAGCCAGCUGAUAUGAGUCUGGAAGAAAUUGAAGGAAAAUUGAGUUCUGUUAUAAAGCCUGAUACGAUUUCUCAAUUAAAGAGUGGUGUUUGGAAAGAACGCCUUGAAGCUAUUGGCUUGCUAAAGCAGGAAGGUUCAACAACAAGUCAUCGAGCUUAUCACAUACAUAGCUUCAACUGUGAAACGCUUUCCAAAACGAUGCGUUGUGCUGUGUCUUCAAGGCAUAGGUGAAAGGGUGGCUGAUAUCAAAACACGUGCCCAUGCAAUGAAGUGCCUUACUACUUUCUCCGAGGCAGUUGGUCCAGGAUUUAUUUUUGAUAGACUCUACAAAAUCAUGAAGGAGCACAAGAAUCCCAAGGUUCUCAGUGAGGGUAUACUAUGGAUGGUGUCUGCAGUUGAAGAUUUUGGGAUUUCCCAUUUAAAAUUGAAGGAUUUGAUUGAUUUUUGCAAGGAUAUUGGGUUGCAAUCUAGUGCUGCUGCAACAAGAAACUCAACAAUCAAACUGAUUGGAAUGUUGCAUAAGUUUGUCGGUCCAGAUAUUAAAGGUUUCCUGACUGAUGUCAAGCCUGCACUUCUAAGUGCUCUGGAUGCAGAAUAUGCAAAAAAUCCAUUUGAGGGUGCUGCUGCAGCUCCGAAGAAAACAGUGAAAGCCUUAGAUUCCACGUCAUCUACAUCUGCUACUGGUUUUGACGGUCUACCACGGGAAGAUGUCAGUGCAAAGAUAACACCUAAUUUAUUAAAAAGUCUUAGCAGUCCUGAUUGGAAGGUUCGUUUGGAGUCUAUUGACUUGGUCAAUAAAAUUCUGGAGGAAGCGCAUAAACGCAUACAACCUGCUGGAACUGGGGAGUUAUUUGCAGCUCUAAGAGGCCGUCUAUGUGAUAGCAAUAAAAAUUUAGUGAUGGCAACCUUGUCUACUAUUGGUGGUCUUGCAUCUGCGAUGGGUCCUCCUGUGGAGAAGUCAAGCAAGGGUAUUCUGGCAGAUGUACUAAAAUGUCUUGGUGACAACAAAAAGCACAUGAGAGAAUGCACUUUGAAUACUUUAGAUUCCUGGGUCGGAGCAGUUCAACUUGAUAAAAUGGUUCCAUACAUUACAGUAGCGUUGGCUGAACCAAAGCUUGGCGCAGAGGGGCGAAAAGAUCUUUUUGAUUGGUUAUCUAGGCAUCUUGCAAAAAAUAACGAGUCAUGUGAUGCUUUGCACCUACUAAAGCCAGCUGCCUCUGCUCUCUCGGAUAAAUCUGCGGAGGUUCGAAAAGCUGCUGAAUCUUGUCUAGGUGAAAUUUUGAAUGUUUGCGGCCAAGAAGCAGUGGCCAAGAAUCUGAAGGAUUUAAAGGGACCAGCUUUAGCUCUUAUACUUGAGCGGCUGAAACUUUCUGGUCCACCUGAAGAUACUUCAGAUUCCACCAAAAUGAUUUCUACUAGUCUAAAAUCCAGCACAAGAAAUGCGAAACCAGGUUCAAAUAGUUUCAGUGAUCGUGGGUCUAAACAUGGAAACAAGGCCAUAUCUUUGAGAGGUGUUCCCACAAGGGCUUCAAAGCUUGAUGCCAUUGUAUCUGCUCAAGAUCUUGCGGUCCAGUCACAGGCUUUGUUUAACAUCAAGGACUCAAACAAGGAAGAUAGGGAGAGAUAUGUUGUACGUAGAUUCAAGUUUGAGGAGCCACGUCCUGAGCAGAUUCAAGAUCUGGAGUGCGAUUUUACGAAGCAUUUCAGAGAAGACCUGCACCGAAGGCUCCUUAGCAUGGAUUUUAAGAAGCAAGUUGAUGGGCUUGAGUUGUUACAGAAGGCUUUGCCAUCAAGUGUAAAGGAAAUGAUCGAACUUCUUGACAUACUUUUAAGGUGGUCUGUUUUGCGGUUUUGUGAGUCUAACACAACAUGCUUGCUGAAGGUGCUGGAGUUUCUUCCCGAACUUUUUGAUGCACUGAAGAUUGAGGGCUAUACUCUAACUGAGGCAGAAGCUGCAAUUUUUCUUCCAUGCCUUGUAGAGUAAGAGGUGGUUUUUGUUGUUGCAAUGCAGGCUGGUCAUAACAUUGAAAAAGUGAGGGAGAAAAUGCGUGAACUGAUGAAGCAAAUUGUAACUAUCUAUUCUGCAUCAAAGGUUCUUCCGUACAUUUUGGAGGGCUUGCGUUCAAAAAAUAACCGUACUCGGAUAGAGUGUGUUGAUCUUGUUGGAUAUUUAAUUGACCACCAUGGAGCUGAGAUAAGUGGACAGUUGAAGUCUUUGCAACUCGUUGCUGGGUUGACAUCAGAACGAGAUGGUGAAAUUAGGAAAGCUGCUCUAAAUACGAUGGCUAAUGCUUAUAAGAAUCUUGGAGAGGAUGUUUGGAGAUAUGUUGGGAAACUAUCAGAUGCUCAAAAAAGCAUGCUAGAUGAUAGAUUUAAGUGGAAGGCCCGCGAGAUGGACAAGAGGAAGGAAGGAAAGCCUGGUGAGGCUAGAGCAGCUUUAAGGCGAUCAGUUAGAGAAAAUGGGUCAGAUGUUGCAGAACAGAGUGGAGAAUUUCUCCCACGUUCCAUGUCUGUUCCAAUGGCGACAAGGGAGAACAUUGGCUAUGCUGAUUCCCAUGUGGAGAGGCACAUGUUAGCCAGACAGCUGGUUACUGCUGAUGGUCCUGCAGACUGGCAUGAAGCUCUUGAUAUCAUUGCAUUGGGUUCACCUGAGCAGUCAGUUGAGGGCAUGAAAAUUAUCUGCCAUGAGCUGACACAGGCUACAAGUGAUCCUGAAAGCAGUAUAAUUGCAGAUCUUGUUAAGGAGGCAGAUAGACUAGUUUCAAGCCUAGCAUCUAUGGUUCCAAAGACCUUCAAUUUUAGCCUUUCUGGAGCUUCUUCAAGGUCUUGUAAAUAUGUUUUGAACACGCUUAUGCAGACCUUCCAAAUCAAGAAACUUGCUCAUGCUGUUAGGGAGAGUACUCUAGACAAUCUUAUUACUGAGCUACUACUUUGGCUUUUAGAUGAAAGAGUUCCUAUGAUGGAUGAUGGCAGCCAACUAUUGAAAGCACUUAAUGUUUUGAUGCUUAAAAUUCUGGACAAUGCUGAUCGAACAUCAUCUUUUGUGGUGCUAAUCAAUUUAUUGAGGCCCUUGGACCCCUCAAGGUGGCCUUCCCCAGCACCGAGUGAGGCUUUUGUUACCAGGAAUCAAAAGUUUUCAGAUCUAGUUGUGAAAUGUCUCAUUAAGCUGACAAAGGUACUUCAAAGUACAAUUUAUGAUGUUGAUCUUGACCGUAUACUUCAAAGCAUUCAUGUGUAUUUGCAAGAACUAGGGAUGGAAGAGAUACGAAGAAGGGCUGGAGCUGAUGACAAGCCACUGCGAAUGGUUAAAACUGUUCUGCAUGAACUAGUGAAGCUUCGUGGGACAGCAAUUAAAGGUCACCUCUCCAUGGUUCCUAUAGACAUGGAACCUCAACCCAUCAUUCUUGCGUACAUUGACCUUAACCUUCAGACUCUCGCUGCUGCUAGAAUGUUGACUCCAUCUGGUCCUAUGGGACAAACACAUUGGGGUGAUACUGCUUCAAACAGUCCAAAUUCUACAACACAUUCUGCAGAUGCUCAACUGAAGCAAGAGCUUGCUGCAGUGUUCAAGAAAAUUGGUGACAAACAAACUUGCACCAUUGGUCUAUAUGAACUCUACCGUAUCACCCAGCUGUAUCCUAAGGUCGAUAUUUUUGCUCAGCUUCAAAAUGCAAGUGAGGCCUUUAGAACAUAUAUCAGAGAUGGGCUUGCCCAGAUGGAAAAGAAUGCAGCAGCUGGAAGGACACCUUCAAGUCUUCCAAUGUCCACCCCUCCUCCCUUGGCAAUUGCUCCAUCACCAAAAUUUGCACCUCUUUCUCCUGUACACACGAAGUCACUUAAUGUAAAAACUGAAAGCAUGAACUCCAAUGUGGCUGUAUCAUAUAGUGAAGAUGAUGCUGUUGGUGGUACAACCACUUUGAGAGGCCAAAAUGACUCGUACGACUUCAGGUCGCAGUUGGGGGGUGAGCGAAAUGAUAGAUACCCAUCUGGAGCUCCUGCAAUUACAACGGGGACUUUAGAUGCCAUCAGGGAAAGGAUGAAAAGCAUCCAAGCUGCUGCAGCUGCAGGCAAUAUGGAUAUUGGGGCCCGGUCAUUGGCAUAUGUUAAUGGUAAUGCCCUCCAUAGAACGGACUGCAUGGAUGGAGAAACCCCAAGUCAGACUAGUGUUCUUCCUAUGGAUGAGAAGGCAUUAUCUGGACUUCAAGCCCGGAUGGAGAGGCUAAAAAGCGGAUCCGUCGAACAUCUGUCGUAGAUGAUUAGAGUUUAUUCAUACUUCUAUAGCUUCUUGUAAAUGGAAGAGAAGAAAAAAGAGGACAAGGCAGUUUUCAUGCUUUGCAAAUUUUAGAUGGUCAGAUGCAUAUCGUGGAGGACGAAUGCAUCUGAUGCUGAUCCCACCAUAGUUUCAAAGUCCAGUUGAAGCAUAUGGAAAUUCAGUUAGCAAGCCCCAGAUGCUUGUUUGUAAUAUCCCAUUAUUGGUACAGAUUGACAGACAAUAUCUAACAUAUUUUUGCCCAUAUUUUCUUGUAACCAUGUACAUGCACAGAGUUGAGUUUUUCAAAGCGUACUGGAUAGGGGUGUUAGCUAUUUGUAUUGUAUUGAUGAAUUCUUUUAAAUGGCCUUAAAACACACUGGUCUCCUUGAACGAGCGUUUCAUGGCUUAGUGAUAUAUUUGAAUCACCUUACAAGUUUUCUUUGGUAA